AUGAGACGCUCGUGGAACGCGAGGCUGGCAACGAUAGUCGUUGCCAGUCAGCUUUUCAUCCCAACGACUGUCGCACAAGGGAUUGCUACUUCAUUAGCCGCUGGUGGCUCAUCGGUAUUGCCUACCACUAUAACUGCUGCGCCGUCAGGCUCAGCAUCGACACCAAAGCCUUCAUCUGAGCCAAAGGUCCACACAAUUACAGCUGGCGCCGGAGGCUUCAAGUUCACACCACAAGAGAUCAGUAACGUCUCUGUCGGCGACAUCGUUACAUGGGAGUUCUUUCCGCCUGACCAUUCCGUCGCGAGAGCAGAGUUCGGAGCAGCAUGUAUGCCCUACGAGGAUACUGGAAGGGACAAACUUACAUAUUUCAACGUGACCAUCAAUUCAACUGAGCCUAUAUUCUUCUACUGCGCGGCACCAAAAUCUUGCACAGACCAGCAUAUGGUUGGUGUCAUCAAUCCCAACUCGACACAAACGCUCGCGUCGCAAGUACAUGCCGCAGCACAAGCAGACUUUCAAAUAGAACCUGGUCAACCAAUACCUCCCGAAGCAUCGUCAAUUCUCUCCAAUCCGUUAACGCCAACUAGUACUUCCGCACCUGAUAAUGGUAGCAGUGGAGGAGGUGGCCACGCACUAUCUACAGGCGCCAUUGUUGGUAUAGCAGUCGGAGGUGCCGCCUUCCUGAUUCUUUGCGCCGCGCUCUUCUUCUUCGUCGGCCGCUCCAAGACUCUCAAGGAAACGAUCAGACGCCAAGAUGCUACGAACAACCCCCAUGACCCACAUAUGAGCCAGCAAUACGGCUCAAACUACGGUGACGGUGGACUUGCAUCACCUGGAUUCCAGCAAGCGGGUUCUGGCUAUGCUACGCCGCCGCCAGGACAAUAUGCUGAUCAUAGAUUCGGCUCUCCGCCACCACCGCAGUAUGGACAACAUAGUGUGGGGGAGCAAUAUCCGAGCGGAUGGACGAGCCCGGGACCGCACCAUGGACAUUUGAGCACAAUGAGCAGUAUGAGUGGAAUGAGUCAACAACAACUUGAUCAAAUAAAACACGCACAAAUGAACACGCAGCCGGUAGUGGCAGAAUUAAAUAGUCCGCCGAUGGGACAACAAGGUUUCUCGGCCGAACUAGAGGCACCCAAUCGAGACAAAACGGGGAGGUGAAUGGGUUGAGUGUGUUUUGUUUCAGUAAAUGGUUUUCGGGAAGAUGUGGGAUACCUUUUCUGGAGUAUUGGGAGGCGUUUCGGCUUACUUUCACUAUACACCUUGAUACGAUGAAGGUCGCCAUGUUUCUCUAGGCACCCUGCAUACCAUAGUAACACUACCGAAUAAUUUUAUACCAUACAAUACUUG